GGCGGGGGCUGGGCAGAGCUCACGACGGCGUUGGACCUCGGGGAGGGAACCGGCAACGACGAGGGCUGGGCGGCGGCUGCUGCUGCGGAGGGGAUGCACCGCGGGGCGGGCUGAUGGCGGGGGUGCGAAGGGAGGAGCGGCGGCGGUUGCACGCCAGGCGCGCUACAGCGGGGGCCGCGCCUCCUUCUUCGAGAGCGGCGGCGCAUGAACUUCGGCAAGGGAGUCGGGAUGGACGACGACGAGGGCAAUAGGGAGUCGGGAAUGGCUGGAAUCGGCAGCGGGAGGUUGGGAGAGGGCGGCGCAUGAACUCCGGCAAGGGACGGCGGCGGCGGGGCGCCGGAACGAAGAGGGAAGGAGGCGGCCGGCGCUGGUUCGAGGCGGAUCGACGCGGAAAUGGCAGUUACUGUGCGCGCCAAGAAUAUGGGUCGUUUGGGGACUCUUGCCGGGAAUACCGUAUUGGGCCUAAAAGAUGUGUAGCUACCAAAAAAAAAUAUGGCUAUCCAAUCUUUUUUAGGUAUGCCGUUGGAACUAGACAGUUUUUGGAUAUUUUUCUAUUUUUCUAAAUAUAGGUACGCUGUUGUAGAUGUUCUGACACAUAAGACUUUCACAAUGCUUAAGGCCGGCCUGAGCCAUAAGAUGGAGCCCACGUGUCUGAACUUUUUUUCCCCACCAACCUCGCCUCUUUCCUUCCCGCGAGCAACCGGAAAAUCCCCAAUCUCCCCUAUCCUGGAAUUCCACCGAUCCCCAAUUCGACAUCCCGAUCCGUCGAUUUCUCAAAUCGCCUCAAUCCCAGAGCAGAUCAACAGGCUAAUGGCCUCGUGCUCGGCGUGGUUGUGGCCGGCGCCGUGUCGUGCGUGAAGGUCGAGGACGAGAAGAUUGCGGCGGGCUUCUUCUUGAUGCGGCGACGGCCACGGCGAGGGUUCUUGCCGGCGGGGUUGUCGUGUGCCUCCAGCCGUCGACUGCCUCCGCAGCUCGCGUCCAGCGGCCAUACGCAGCUCGGGUGACUGCCUCCGCAGCUCGCGUCGCGCUGCUGGGUCAUCCACACGGUGGCAUGGCACCUGCCGAUCUGAAGCAUGGCUCCGCCAACAUCCUCGAUUUGCAUCCAUGGGUCAUUUGAAUUUUCAAUCCAUGAACUUGCAAGGCGCAGAUUCUCUUCAUCAUUCCAAUUAAUGAGCACUCCUUUGAUCCCAUCUUCCUCUGGACUACUAGCAUCUGAUUCUAUUUCUUGUUUAGGUUGCUCUUCAUGUCUUGAGUCAGGAGAGGCUGAAUGGGUGAGUGGUGCGGCGGGCAAAUGGCUGGAUGAUGCUCGCAUACCUGCAGCCGGAAGCUCUUCACGUGGUGAGAUGUGCUGCCAAAGUUUAAAAUCAAAAGCAAGGAAAUGGGUGGAUGAGAUUGUGCUCGCAUACCUGCAGCUCGGGGCACUCCACUUGGCAGAUUUGGAGCUAGGAGAAGAAGAGCAUGGAGCAGCAGCUUGUUGUUUGAACGAGUCCAGAGAAAAGAGGCCUGCGGGGAAGAAAUGACUACAGGGAAGAAAUGGGUUCAGGAGAGCCAACGGUUAUUUUGGCCAACUGCAACAUGCAGUGCUACAGUAUAAAAUGUAUUUUAUUGCCUUGUGGACGGGCCAUAUGGCUGUGGCCGACCUCAAGCUGGUUUUGCUUAUGACCGACCUGCGCAAUGUGUAAAGUUGGCUAUGGUCGACCUUAAGGGGCCUUAUGGCCGACUUUAUGUUCACAUUGGAGCUGCCCUAACGCAGAAGGAAACUGCUACUCUGAUUUUUCUCCACGCAUGCAGUCAACAACGGUGGCA